AUGGACUUUGGCUUUGACAGAAUUCACCUUCAGACAGAUAAGGCUUCAGGAGCAGGGAUUGUUCUGGAGGAACCAUUAGGGGUCAGACAUUGCUACUCCUUCCAGCUAGAUUUCCAAUGCACCAACAACAGGGCCGAGUAUGAGGCUUUGAUUAUAGGGCUCGAGAUGUUGGUAGAAUUAGGAGUCCAGUCCGUGGAGAUCUUGGGAGAUUCCAUGCUUGUCCAAAAACAGAUUGCUGGAGAAUAUAAGUGUCUGAAUCCUUCUCUGGCUGUAUAUCUAGUAGCAGCUAGAAAUCUGCUAACAGAAUUUAGAGAAGCUACUUGGGAGCACAUCCCAAGGGAGGAAAACUUUGCAGCCAAUGAACUGGCUCAGGUGGCAUCAGGCAUACAAAUGCCCAAAGACUGCGUCCAAAGGAUCAUCAAGAUAGGAAGGAAAAGUCUACCAUCUGUUUUGACUAGAGGAAUGGAGAUAGAAGUCAACUCUGCCUUGAUCCCUGAAGAUGAUUGGAGGGAGCCUAUCAUGACUUACUUACGAUAUCCCACUCUGCCCUCUAAGAAAAGAGUCAGAAUCAUGGCUACAAACUACCUCAUAUGGAAUGAAGAUUUGGUCUGA